CACUACCUUCUCUCUCUCUCUCUCACUGCCAGGACCAGCACACAAUUUAAUCAAUGGCACCGAAGUCAAAACUCAAAACCUAACUUGAACAUACCCUUUCUCUAGUAGCAACUGGCCUGUAGAAAAAAUAGAAGAAACCCCAAAAAUAACCAUAAUGAUGCAUGUGACUUGAAAGUAAAAAAAGGGAGGAAAAAAAUCAUCUUAAGCUGAUUGCUAACUCCCUAAUGUAUAGAGAAAACCCAAGAAUGAUGAAAAGGACAGAGCUCACAUGAGCCGAACCAGAUCAUCCAUGGGCCCAUACGCACAAAUCCUCUCUCAAUCCUCAAUCCUCAAUCCUCGAAUCCUCAUGGGUCUUUCUUUAAUAGCAGAAAGAAGCGAGAAAAUAUUUGUGGUUCGUUGCUUGUAGAGAGAGAAGAUUUUAGGAAACUAUAAUUGGGAAGCAAAAACCCUCAUACAACACCUCUCUCUCUCUCUCUCUGAUGUAGCUAGGUCAACCACAUGAUGAACAGCUUGCCUUCUUUCUUUCUAAUAUUGAAUUACCGUAUGGCUUGUCUUGUUUAGGGUUUUGAGUGUUUUGUUUUUAUAUUUUAUUUUUAGUCAAAGAAGAAGGCACCGACUCUUUGGUUUGUAUUGAGCUAGAUGAUUGCUCCCCCUUUGCUUCUCUUCUUUGUGGCCUCACAGAUUUUGAAAGAGAAAAUCUUCUAAACAAGAAACCAAAUCCUCUAGAGCAGGUGAGGUAAGGCCUUGUUUGUGCUCAAUAUUUCGCUAAAAAGUCGUAACCCCACUUUUUUCUUCUUCUUUUCUUUCUUUCUCCUCAAUCAUCAUUUCUAUUUUGGUUGUUGGAUUUCAAUUCUUCAAGAUCUACUGUGAUCAUAAGAAGCUCUUAGUGGGUCAUCAUGAACUUCGUUGAAGGAGAAAGAGGGGAUUUUGAUAAAGAAGAACAAGGAGAAGAGAAACAGGAAGGAGAGGAAGCUGUGAAGACAAGUAAGCUCCUCUUUUCUUCUCCUUGUACAUCAUCUUCUUCUACCAAGUACACAAAUUUUCUUCCUGAGCACCACAACAUGUGGCCUGGUUCAUUUGAUCAGUCACAACAAGAUAGCAAAACCCAAGAACCAUCUCUCAAUUUUGAUAAGAAGCUAGAGCUCAUGGAAUUAUCACUGGGAAAUAACAAUGAAACUGAGAGAACUAGUGCCGAUGCUGUUGUUGGUGCUAGAGAGUCUAUUGAGAGAGAGCACAUGUUUGACAAAGUAGUGACCCCAAGUGAUGUAGGCAAGCUAAACCGUCUUGUUAUACCAAAGCAACACGCAGAGAGGUACUUCCCUCUUGAUUCUUCAUCGAAUGAAAAAGGCCUCAUCUUGAACUUUGAAGACCGGAACGGCAAGCCAUGGCGGUUCCGGUACUCUUAUUGGAACAGUAGUCAAAGCUAUGUAAUGACCAAAGGUUGGAGCCGGUUUGUAAAAGAAAAAAGGCUUGAUGCAGGCGAUAUUGUGUCGUUCCAACGCGGUGUUGGUGAGUCAGGCAAGCAUCGUCUGUUCAUAGACUGGAGACGCAGGCCUAAUGCACCAGAUCCAACAACAUUCUCACAUUUAGAGCUCCAAAAUCAGCAACACUAUCCACAGUCAGUGCGGUGGGGCAGGCUGUACUCCAUACCCCAAUCUAAUUUAUCCAUGCAGCAACCUCAAUUGCGACAUUUGAAUUACAGCAUUCAUCCUUAUCAACAACAGCAAUAUCAGAAUCGUAAUCAUCAGAAUCAUUAUCAUCAACCGUCUACGAUUAGUUAUGGCACUUCAGCGCAGUAUUACUUAAGGCCACCAGAGACACUUCAGAUUGGGGCAAUGCAUCAACAAGCUGGAGGAAGUCAUGUCCCACUGGUGAUAGAUUCAGUGCCAGUUGUUCAUGGUAAAACUGCGGGGAAGCGGCUCAGAUUGUUUGGUGUAAACAUGGAUUGUCCUACACAGGAUGAUGGUCAGUCAUCUUCGAUCACAAUGACACAUGGCACAAUGGGUUCAUUCUCUUCUCAUUUGGCUUCAUCUUCUCUCCCUCCUCCUCUCCAAUUAAGGGCACCCACUAGUGCCCCAAUGCAAGCUGAGUUUUCAAAGAAAGGAAAGAAUUCCUUAUCUUUUGAUCUGGAUCUUUAAUUAAUCACAUAUGAAGAUACCAUUUCUUCUGUUCCUUCACAUCUGAUUUCUCAAUAUGGGUACUAGAUUUAGGUAAGAGGCUUUCAAGAAAUUUUCAAGUUUAGCCUUUUUUGAGUUUCUUUUUGUUGAUUGUUUAAAUAUUGUCAGCAAAUUAAAAGAUGAGGUUUUGGGUAUAUUGUGAAGAUCAAAAGAUGGAAGAGUGGUGCAAGAAAUGUGGAGUUUGAAACACGCUUUCAAUUGUGUAUAAUGCAUAUAUACAGAUAAAUAUCAGAAUAUUUCCAUCAAUGUUUUUCAUUUAGUGACUGGUAGCUUAACGUAUUGCAAUAUAUUGACUCUAUACAUGCAAUGGACUCUCCCCAGUUUGUUUGGGUUAAUUUCUGUUCCCUCUUUAGCCAUCAACUUCAAGCUUACUCUCUCUCUUGAUGACAGCAUUUUAUGGUACAUUGCUAGAGAAAGGAUAUAAAGUGGAAACUUCUUUCCUAUUUCUCUUCUUCUUUUUUUUGUUUUGUUUGUAUUACCUCAUUGGGUUAAUAUUCUUGGUGAUGCUUAGUUGAGUUGGAUUGCAGGUUCCGCGCAGAAAGUUUUCAGCAGCUGUAAAAGUUAGCUUCUGUAUUCUUACUCUUUUUUUACUUUAUUUAUUUUUUAAUCAAUCUCUCUACAUCUUAAAAACUACUACUAGCAUUGUUACAUUUCUUUCUCCGCAACACGAUGUUUCUUUUACAGCCACCUUCUUGUCUUGAUUGCUGCAAACACAAACAAAAACUGCUUUUGUGUUGAAAGAGAUUUAUCAAUAAGGUAUCGUGAUACCACCGAAUCUUUUUAAGCGGUCAAGUGCUUUGUUUAAUGUCUUUUGAAGCCCAUUUUGCGUAUGGAAAUCUGAGGUUAAAGAGAGCACUGUAUUCUGUGUGUUUCAGUUUUUAUAUGAUGGUUACAUUGUAUAUUUUAUGGUUCUUAGUUUAGAAUCUAGCUCGCUCUAACAUUGCUUGCAUUGGCUACCCUUUCUAACUUUAGCGGUAGAAAAAUUAAUGGGAUGGUCUUCAGCAACUUUAUGUUUUUGUUAUUGCAAAAUCCGACAAGCAUUAAUUCUUUCUUAAUUCCUUGGUUUGAUCUUGAAAGUCUAAAAUUAACUACUGUAGUGAUUCUAUAAUCAUUCUAUAUACGAAUUCUCAAUUAAUCAUGAAAGAGUUAUGAAUCCUUGCUUCUCGUUGAAAUUCUGGAUUUUUCUUUUUAGUUUUUCCAAGCACUAUAUCUAAUUUCUACUGAUUACAAUCGUAGCCUUGUUCGAUUUGAUUCGGAAAUGAUACACACACACACACACAUUGAUCCCUUUUUAUUUUAUUUUCAUUUUGUGCGUGUGUGUCUGUGCAGAUGAUGAAUAUGGGAUUCAAUAUGCAUCCUUCUUUCCAUGAUAGCAUCUUCACAACCCAUAACAUUUUGUACUGAGCUUUGGCUCUGUCUGUGGUCAAGACUGCUGUCAUUUCGAAGGUACAAUUACUGCCUUCACGGAUGGUUCCUGAAAGUUCCUUUUAUGGUAUGUGCACUGCCAACAAAUCUUCUCCUAGUGCUUUGAUGUUUUUGUUCAUACUUCAAAACCUAAUAAAUUAAUUUCAUCGUGUUAGAGAGAUCAUAUCUUCGGGAAAGCUGCUAAAAUAUUCUGUUUCUAAUUGCACAAAAGAUCAUUAAUUUGGGCAUUGAGCUCAAGAGAGACCACGUUAAGACCCCUAAAUCUUCAAAAAUAUUAUAAAUCUUUGGAAUUGGUUCUUCAAUUUAUGGAAGUUUGAUGGAUAGCGUCUCUGUCAGAAACUCUGCAGUUUUUCACCUCAUGUGGUCACUACAAAACACGUACCGGUCAUAAAAAUAGAAUCCAAAAAAUCUUUGCAAACAAAUCAACUCUCAAUUAGGGAAGAAAAUGACUGUAAUUAAUAUAACAAAAACAAUGAUAGUAAUAAUUAAGUACAUUAAGAAGAAGUUAAUUAGAUCAAUUCAUGCACAUGCAUGAUUGGAAGCCAAAACUAUGUUUUGGUCGGAAUACGUAUACGUGUACCUACGCACACUACAUGUUCUUUCACAUGUGAUUACUGUUAGUAAUUCGAUGAGUACAUGUAAUUAAUUAUGUACAUUGGUAUACUUAAUUAAUUUGAGAAGCAUGACGUUAUGGUCAAAGAGAUUGUUGUGCCUAAGAUAUUGUUUGAAGCCGCAAAACUCAUCCAUUGAUUUGGACACCUGAUCAGUCACGACUUCAACUAAAGUAGUUGGAGCUUUGAUAAUUUAGACAGUAAAACGGCCUCUUUUAGACAAUUGUGGAGAUUUUAUCAACUUUUGGCUAAUAAGAAGAUAGCCAAAAAAGUAGAAAAAAGAAGAAGAAGAAGAAGAAGAAGAAAAGCCAUUAAAGCACGGCUCCUGCAACCAAAAAAAAACGUGAUUACGGCCAUUGACUAUGGAUCCAUUAUAUGGAACCAACUGUUUUUCACUAAAAGAAAACAGAAGACAUUCAUCGAAUCAAAUUUAAGCAGUUGAUUAGCAAUAAUAUUCGAUAAUUACUGUAUGUUCAAUGUAAAAUUGCUCCAUAAAGCUAUAUAUAGAAUUACACAUUUCUUCUUCUUCUUCAGACCAACGAUGUUUUUGUAUGUAUGAGAGUCCAUUUGCUUUGCAUGGUAAAAAUACCUUUGGGAAUUGGUGAUAAAAUUAGUUGAAUGUUUUCCCAAUUAGAAAAUACUGUCCACGAUUAGAGAUAAAUAACGAAUUAUAAGUUUUUCAUUAUGAAAUGGAAUAGGGGAUUACAGAUUCAAAUUCGAAUAUAUCACAGAAAGUGAAGAUUUAAUGAUGGGAUAUGAUAUCAACCAAAUCCUGAGCAGAUAUAUACUUCAUGCUUCUUUCAUCAGAAUCAUGUGAACAAAUCUAGCUGAUAUAUUAUCUUAGUCAUAUUUUAAGUAAGCUAUCCACAUCCAGACUAAUGUAAUCACAGAUAUAUAUUCUUUCUUGUGACCUGCCCUCAAAUUCAAACCUCAGAUGAUUAGUGGGGAGGAAAUCCACUAAGCACCAGAUUCCAAAGUGUCUUAUGAUUUGUAGCAAAAUUAAUGUAUAUGUUGUUGAUGUGUUAAUUUUAGUGCAGGUAGAGGAAGGCAUUCAUGGUAACCAUAUAUGUCAUCAUUUUUAUGUUUUCACAGUUUGUUAAAUUCUUAUUAUCAGUUGCUUGCACAAUGGGAUUAUGUUAUUAAAUAAGCCUUUCAAUCUAUCAUUCCUUCUAUAUAUGAUCAUCUUGUCGGUAAGUGUUUUCUUAAUUUAAGAUGAUACAUCAUUAAUUGAUUCCUUCUUAAUUAAGUUUGAUUUGUGCAGCCCUAAACUGAGUUCCAUGAUCUUACACCGAUCGUCCUCGUGCUGCACGUAUCAGAAAUGCUCUAUUAUACAUUUUGCAUCCAUAGCAAAACGAUGAUAUAUAUAUUUUUUGAGGAAUAGAAUUGGCAUGUACAAUUUCCCUCCCAGCUAGCUAACCUACUUUUGAUUAUGAGAAUGCAAUCGCCGAGUUCGAAGGCAAGCUCUAGCUAGCUAGGAUGUGUACCCGUUAGGGGGUUGCAACUGAUCAAUCUUUGCCAUAUGAGCCAAGAGCUAGCAAGCCAAGCUUUCUGAUGUAAACAGCUGACCACUGCUGCUUGUAAUAGCACAUGUAUCAGAGUACUUUCAAAAGAAACGGACGGCAUAUACGUGCCACCCACUUGUAUUUCUUGGGUACUAUUUACCUAAUUUGGCCUCAAACCUGUACACUUGUUUCUUUAUAUAUGCUUUUACUCGGCUUUCCUGAUCGAAGCAAUGUUACAUUGAAAAUAAUCUCGAAUCAAUGCAGAAUAUUAUAUUAUCUCA